GAGAGAGAGAGUCAGGGGGAAAGAAAGUGUGUGUUUCUCCUUCUUGUGCCCCCUUUUCAUUCCCUUCAAGCUGCGCGCAGGGAGGGAGAAUCAUGGCUCAGAUACUCCCCAUACGCUUUCAGGAACAUCUGCAGCUGCAGAACCUGGGGGUGAAUCCGGCCAACAUUGGUUUCAGCUACUUGACGAUGGAGUCAGACAAAUUCAUCUGCAUCCGGGAGAAGGUGGGGGACCAGAACCAGGUGGUCAUCGUUGACAUGAAUGACCCCGUCAACCUGAUCCGUCGGCCCAUUUCUGCCGACAGUGCUAUCAUGAACCCAGCCAGCAAGGUCAUCGCCCUCAAAGCUGCCAAGACACUGCAAAUCUUCAACAUUGAGAUGAAGAGCAAGAUGAAGGCCCACACCAUGGCUGAGGAGGUGGUGUUCUGGAAGUGGGUCUCUGUGAACACGAUUGCCCUGGUCACCGAGACCGCCGUCUACCAUUGGAGCAUGGAGGGAGAUUCACAGCCAGUUAAGAUGUUUGACCGCCACGCCAGCCUGGCAGGGUGCCAAAUCAUCAACUGUCGGACAGAUGAGCAGCAGAAAUGGCUGUUGCUUAUAGGUAUCUCUGCGCAGCAAAACCGUGUGGUGGGUGCCAUGCAGCUGUACUCUGUGGACAGGAAGGUCUCCCAGCCCAUUGAGGGUCACGCUGCCGCUUUCGCCGAGUUCAAGGUAGAGGGCAAUGCCAAGCCCUCAACUCUGUUUUGUUUUGCCGUGAGAAACCAAGCAGGGGGCAAGCUGCAUAUUAUAGAAGUAGGCCAGCCAGUGGCAGGGAAUCAUCCGUUCGCAAAGAAAGCAGUGGAUGUGUUCUUUCCUCCGGAGGCACAGACUGACUUUCCUGUGGCUAUGCAGAUUGGCAUGAAACACGGAGUCAUCUACUUGAUCACAAAGUAUGGCUACAUUCACAUGUAUGACCUGGAGACUGGUGUGUGCAUCUACACGAACCGCAUCAGUGCUGAGACCAUCUUCGUUACAGCUUCUCAUGAGCCCACUUCCGGCAUCAUUGGUGUCAAUAAAAAGGGCCAGGUGCUUUCCGUCUGCUUGGAGGAGGAGAACAUUGUGAACUACGCCACCAGUGUGCUUCAGAACCCAGAUUUGGCUCUGCGUAUGGCUGUCCGCAGCAAUCUGUCCGGUGCUGAGGAGCUUUUCGCCCGAAAAUUCAAGACUCUGUUUGCCCAAGGCAACUACUCUGAGGCCGCCAAAGUUGCUGCCUCUGCGCCCAAGGGAAUCCUACGUACUGCCGACACCAUCCGCAAGUUUCAGAGCGUGCCGGCGCAGCCCGGCCAGGCCUCUCCACUACUGCAGUAUUUUGGCAUUUUGUUGGACCAGGGUCAGCUCAACCGCUUUGAGUCUCUGGAGCUGUGCCGCCCUGUGCUACAGCAGGGACGUAAGCAGCUCCUGGAGAAAUGGCUCAAGGAGGACAAGCUUGAAUGCUCAGAAGAGCUGGGAGACCUUGUAAAGAGCACUGACUCCACCCUGGCACUCAGCGUCUACUUGCGUGCUAAUGUCCCCAACAAGGUUAUUCACUGCUUUGCCGAGACAGGCCAGUUCCAGAAAAUAGUGCUUUAUGCCAAAAAGGUGGGUUACACUCCAGACUGGAUCUUCCUGCUGAGGAAUGUGAUGCGGGUGAGUCCAGAGCAAGGCCUGCAGUUUGCUCAGAUGUUGGUCCAAGAUGAGGAGCCCCUGGCUAACAUGAACCAGAUUGUGGAUGUGUUCAUGGAGAGCAGCUUGAUCCAGCAAUGCACGUCCUUUCUGCUCGAUGCUCUGAAGAACAACCGACCGACUGAGGGUCACCUGCAAACACGCCUGCUGGAGAUGAACCUCAUCCAUGCCCCACAGGUUGCUGACGCCAUGCUGGGGAACCAGAUGUUUACACAUUAUGACCGCGCCCACGUUGCCCAGCUGUGCGAGAAGGCAGGGCUCCUCCAGAGGGCUUUGGAACACUAUACGGACCUCUAUGACAUCAAGCGUGCUGUGGUGCACACACACCUGCUUAAUCCAGAGUGGCUUGUGAACUUUUUCGGCUCCUUGUCAGUGGAGGACUCCUUGGAGUGUCUGCGGGCCAUGCUGUCAGCCAACAUCCGCCAGAACCUGCAGCUUUGUGUGCAGGUGGCCUCCAAGUACCACGAGCAGCUUGGGACGCAGACUCUCGUCGAGCUUUUUGAGUCCUUCAAGAGCUAUGAAGGGCUCUUCUACUUCCUUGGUUCCAUUGUCAAUUUCAGCCAGGACUCUGAUGUCCACUUCAAGUACAUUCAGGCUGCGUGCAAAACGGGGCAAAUUAAAGAGGUGGAGCGGAUCUGCCGGGAGAGUAACUGUUACGACCCAGAUCGCGUGAAAAACUUUCUCAAGGAGGCCAAGUUAACAGACCAGCUACCACUGAUCAUAGUGUGCGACCGGUUUGACUUUGUCCAUGACCUCGUUCUCUACUUGUACCGCAACAGCCUGCAGAAAUACAUUGAAAUCUAUGUCCAGAAGGUGAACGCAAGCCGACUGCCAGUGGUCAUCGGGGGCUUGCUGGACGUGGACUGCUCGGAGGAUGUGAUCAAGAACCUCAUCAUGGUAGUGCAGGGCCAGUUCUCCACUGAUGAGCUGGUGGCUGAAGUUGAAAAGAGGAACCGACUGAAACUGCUGCUCCCCUGGCUGGAAUUCAGGAUACAUGAAGGGUGUGAAGAGCCAGCGACCCAUAAUGCCCUGGCCAAGAUCUACAUCGACAGCAACAACAACCCCAAGCGCUUCCUCAAAGAGAACCCCUUCUACAACAGUGCAGUAGUGGGCAAGUACUGUGAGAAGAGGGACCCUCACCUGGCCUGCGUGGCCUAUGAGAGAGGACAGUGUGACCUGGAGCUCAUUAAGGUGUGCAAUGAGAACUCGCUCUUCAAAAGUGAGGCCCGCUACCUGGUUCGCCGAAAAGAUCCAGAAGUGUGGGCAAACGUGUUGGAGGAGAACAAUCUAUACAGGCGCCAGCUGAUCGACCAGGUAGUCCAGACUGCACUGUCGGAGACCCAGGACCCAGAGGAAGUGUCUGUGACAGUUAAAGCCUUCAUGAUGGCUGACCUACCCAAUGAGUUGAUUGAACUGCUAGAGAAGAUCGUCCUGGACAACUCGGUCUUCAGUGAGCACCGAAACCUCCAGAACCUCCUGAUUCUAACAGCUAUAAAAGCCGAUCGUACCCGCGUCAUGGAAUACGUAAACCGUUUGGAUAACUAUGAUGCCCCCGACAUUGCCAACAUUGCUAUUAGUAACGAGCUCUUUGAGGAAGCCUUUGCUAUUUUCCGGAAGUUUGACGUCAAUACCUCCGCCAUUCAGGUCCUGAUUGAACAUAUCGGCAACUUGGAUCGAGCCUACGAGUUCGCUGAGUGCUGCAACGAGCCGCCUGUGUGGAGCCAGCUGGCCAGGACACAGUUGCAGAAGGAGCUUGUCAAGGAAGCCAUUGACUCCUACAUCAAGGCAGACGACCCUUCGGCCUACAUGGAGGUGGUCAGUGCUGCCAGCAAAAACAGUAACUGGGAAGACCUGGUGAAAUUCCUGCAGAUGGCUCGGAAGAAGGCCCGGGACUCCUACGUGGAAACGGAGCUCAUCUUUGCCUUGGCUAAGACUAACCGACUCUCAGAACUCGAGGAAAUUGUGAGCGGCCCUAACAAUGCUCACAUCCAGCAAGUGGGCGACCGGUGCUACGAGGACAGCAUGUACGACGCAGCCAAGCUCCUGUAUAACAACGUGUCCAACUUCGCCCGGCUGGCCUCCACAUUGGUUCGCUUGGGGGAGUUCCAAGCCGCUGUGGACAGUGCCCACAAGGCCAACAGUACGCGCACCUGGAAGGAGGUGUGUUUUGCCUGCGUCGAUGGAGCAGAGUUCCGACUUGCCCAGAUGUGUGGUUUGCACAUCGUCAUCCAUGCUGACGAACUGGAGGAGCUCAUCAGCUACUACCAGGACCGGGGCUACUUCUACGAGCUCAUUGCCCUUCUGGAGGCAGCACUGGGCUUGGAGCGUGCCCAUAUGGGCAUGUUCACCGAGCUCGCCAUUCUCUACUCAAAGUUCAAACCCCAGAAGAUGAGAGAGCAUCUGGAGCUCUUCUGGUCCCGAGUCAACAUUCCCAAGGUACUUCGAGCUGUGGAACAAGCUCACCUGUGGGCAGAGCUCGUGUUCCUCUACGAUAAAUAUGAAGAAUAUGAUAAUGCGGUCAUUACGAUGAUGAACAAUCCCACUGAUGCUUGGAAAGGGGGACAGUUCAAGGACAUCAUUGCCAAGGUAGCAAAUGUAGAACUGUACUACAAAUCCCUGCGCUUCUACCUGGAGUACAAGCCCCUCCUAAUAAAUGACCUGUUGGCUGUUCUCUCCCCCCGACUGGACCACACAAGAGCAGUAAACUUUUUCUCCAAGAUGGGCCAACUGCAACUCGUCAAGCCUUACCUGCGUUCUGUGCAGAGCCACAACAAUAAAGCGGUGAAUGAAGCCUUGAACAACCUGCUAACUGAAGAGGAGGACUUCCAGGGUCUCCGGGCAUCUAUUGAUGCAUAUGACAACUUCGACAACAUCAGCCUGGCACAGAGGCUGGAGAAGCAUGAUCUGAUCGAGUUCCGACGUAUCGCUGCUUACCUGUACAAGGACAAUAACCGCUGGAAGCAGAGCGUGGAACUUUGCAAGAAGGACUGCCUUUAUAAGGAUGCCAUGCUGUACGCAGCAGAGUCUCAGGACGCGGAGCUGACGGAGAUGCUUCUGCGGUGGUUUCUCGAGGAAGGCAAGAAGGAGUGCUUCGCUGCGUGCCUCUUCGCCUCCUACGACCUGCUCCACCCCGAUGUAGUUCUGGAGCUGGCCUGGAGGCACAACAUCGUAGACUUUGCUAUGCCUUACUUCAUCCAGAUCACGAGGGAGUAUUUGACCAAGGUGGACAAACUGGACUCGUUGGAAAGCCAAAGGAAGACUGAAGAAGUGAGCGAACCGACUCCUGCUGUGUUUGGCCAGCAGCUGAUGUUGACAGCCGGGUCCACCGCUGCGCCUCCACAGCCCGCCUUCCCGGGUUAUGGAUACCCGGCGCCUGGCUACACCCAGCCCGCCUAUGGCUUCAACAUGUAACGGCAGGCUGCGGGCCUUUGGACUUUGCCUGCUCCAAGGGCACACUGAACAUAUCGUUUGGGUUGAACCAGCUCUACACAGCAUGAAGAUGGCUCUUAGCUCCUAGUGCGAAACAGCCUGCUACUCCAUAUUUAUUAUCAUAUAUGUGUAUGUGUGUGUGUGCGUGUAUAUUUAUAUAUAGACACACGUACACUUGCCAUUAAA